AUGCAAAGAAAAGAGGAACUUUAAAAAGAUCCUUCCUUAUUUAUAAGAAAUUUCUUAGACCUCUACUUGAAAGAAAUCCCUUUGAAUGAAAACAAAGAAACUAUCAUAGAUGAAAUUAUUAUUAAUUUAUGUGCUCUCAUCUUUGUAGGAACUGAUAAAAUAGGAAAUAUGACAGGUGUCUCACUUUACUAUCUUUCCUAAAAUUCAAAAAUUUAAGAAGAGGCAAGAGAUGAAGUAAUAAAUAUCCUUAAAUCUAUAAUUUAAAGCUAAGACCCAUAAGACUUAUUUAAAGCACUUACAUUCGAAGAUCUCUCUUAAAUGCUAUUGGUUCAUUCUAUUUUGAAAGUAUCCUAAAGACUUAUUCCUCCGUCAGAGCAGUUUUAGGAAGAUAUGCAAACAAAGAUAUAGAGAUAGGUGAAUUUUUGGUUAAAAAAGGAUAUUUAGUAAAUACACAUUUUAUCUACAGUCAAAGCAAUCCAGACUUAUACCAAAAUCCUGAAAAAUUUGACUUUUAUAGAUGGAUGA